GAAAAGGAUUAUGAACCACCAACGGCUCGCUGUGCUAAACUGCAGUCCCACAAACUGGCUGGCAGGACUGCUGCUCAGCGGCUUCUUCCGCCCGAGCGGGGAGGAGGCCACGCCCUUUCUCGGAAACAGCGGUAGGGGCCGCUGGUAUCUCUCGUGGCGUCACCUCCGGGUCGCGCGAGCACUUCCGGGUCACUGGCUCAGCGCUGUGGUUUCCGCGGCUGAGGAGCUGGUCGCGGCGGGCUCCCUACCCGGCUCUGCUACCGCCGCGGCGGAAGCGCCCUCCCUCAGGUUGGUCUUUUAUAUUAAAUUUGUAGGACAUCAAUGCAAGCCUGAAGAAAAAUUAAUUGCUUCCUUUUAAGCCAUGGCAUAUCAGUUAUACAGAAAUACGACUUUGGGGAACAGUCUUCAAGAGAGCCUUGAUGAGCUCAUACAGUCUCAACAGAUCACCCCCCAGCUUGCCCUUCAAGUUCUACUGCAGUUUGAUAAAGCUAUAAAUUCAGCACUGGCUCAGAGAGUCAGGAACAGAGUCAAUUUCAGGGGCUCUCUAAAUACAUACAGAUUCUGCGAUAAUGUUUGGACUUUUGUAUUGAAUGAUGUUGAAUUCAGAGAGGUGACAGAACUUAUUAAAGUGGAUAAAGUGAAAAUUGUAGCCUGUGAUGGUAAAAGUAUCCAACUGGUCUUCCUCUCCAUUCCGUGCAAACUAGCUUCCCUGAUGUUCUGAAACUUGGCAUGUGCAUUCUUGCUGAAAGACCUUGCAAGUCUCUCCUCUUGGCCUAGAAUGUUCUUCUUUCAUUAAUCUCCAUGAAUUGUUCCCUUGCUUCUUUCAGACACUAGAAAGCGAUGUUUUCACUGAAGGCCUCCUUGACCAUCCUGUAAAAUGUAAAACAUCCUCACACCACUGCACCCUAUUUCCCAAGGUCUCCAGUUUCUCUCUAGUGCUUGGCACUUUUAAUAAUGAAUAAUGUGAGUGUCGGGAUUUUCACAUUUUGUUGACUAUUACAUUUCCAGUGUCAAUAACAAUGCACGGGGCCAGCAGGGUGGCUAAGCAGGUCUUGCCACAAAGCCAAGUAACCUGAGUUCCGUCCUGGGACCCACAUGGUAGAAGGAGACAGCCUACUACAGAAAACAGUCCUCUGCACCACACCCAACCCAUUUCAUGUAUGCCCCCUGUCACCCCUCCCUCUAUGGACAAAUGUAUAAGUGUAAUAAAAAAUAUUCAAUAACAAUGUGUGUUAAGCAGCAAGAACUCAGUUCAUAUGUGUGGAAUGAGUUAUUUUAUUGGUUUUCAGUACAUCAAGAUUUGUAAAUGGUCCUUGUUUGGAGUAUGUGCCCAGAUGUUUUGGUUCUGUUGCUCUCCUUGUGGAGCUCCUGUUCGUUUUGAUUUGUGUUUCCCUGAUUACUAAGAACUUUGAGCAUUUCUUUAAGUGUUUCUCUGCCAUUUGAUAAUCCUCUAUUGAGAAUUCUCUGUUAAGCUCUGUACCCCAUUUUUGAAUUGGAUUAAUUGAUUUGUUGCCUUUUUACUUCUUUAGUUCUUUAUAUAUUCUGGAUAUUAGCCCUCUGUCAGAUAUUGGUGAAGAUCCUUUCCCCAUCUGUAGGCUGUGUUUUGUUCUGAUAACAGUGUCCUUUGCUGAAGCUUUUCAGUUUCAUAACUGAGUCUACCUUUGCAAUAAUGACCAAGCAGAAUACAUGAGGGUAGAUCUCUGGUUGGUCAGGGAAGGAACUUUAAGGCAGGCAAAGUAUUAGUCUCUCCAUUUUUAAACGGCUUAAAUAACUUCUCCAACUAAAUUAUAUGUCCCAAAGUUAGCAACUGCUUUUUCUUCUCUAAUAAACUUUCACUAAACCAAUAACAAAUAGAAUGAACAGCACAUGCAACAAAAACACAGUUAUUACAAUACAACUCAAUGAUGGCCACACAUCAAAAUGAGGAGGAAACUUAAGCCUUGGAAGGUGAUGUAAACAUAACAGCUGAAUUCAUUUAUGAGGCUUCUUCUUUCCAGAGAAAGGCUAAAGAAACAGAUAAGACUCAAGAAGGAAAAAUCAACAGAUGUGCUGGCUUACCCAUGUGACCUUGAAAGUACACUAAACAAACAAGGUGAAGUUUGAGCCUUCUGAUUUGGUGGCCUCGUGCUAUUCAAACAAAUAAACCACUUUUAUCCACCUGA